UUAUAUAUAUAAAGCGAUUUAAUAUUGGCAAUUUUGCUUGAUAACAAGAGCAAGGAAAUACAAGAGCAAAACUAAUAUAAUACAUUAGUGAUAUUAUAGAUUAAAUUACUUAUUGACAAACAGACUCUUAAUCAUUUAAAUUUAUACAUAAUAUUAUAUUUAUAUAUAUUGAUUUUUAAUCAUUUUGCAUAACAAAAUAUAACAAAUAUAAUAAAUUUUUAAUGUUUUAUUGUUAAAAUACUUUUUUAUUAUACUAAUAAAAUUUAAAGAUUAUUUCAAAUAAAAAUAAAAAUAGGAACAAUAAAUCUAAUGUAUAUAAUUAUACAUAUAUAAAUAUAUAAUAAUUUGUAAAAGAAUAAUUUUAAAUAAUCGUAAAUAAUUUAAAAUCGGAAGAUUAGAAUGCAAUUCAAAGAAUGCAUAAACAUUGUUCACGAUAAAAUGCAUCACUUUCAUAUAGACAUGUAUUUGAAAUUGCGUUGCUAACUAAGUAUUUAUCAAAAUCACAUGACGAUUAUAAUGUGUAAUGAAUGAUUAUGUUCAAAUCAAUUUAUGUAAAAUAUCGCGAGAAUAUAUUUAGAUACAUGAUUAUGAUAAUUGAAAAUUUCAGAAUUUCAAUUAAUAUAUUGAAAUUUUAUUUAAAUUAAUUAUUAAAUAAUGAUAUAUUACUAUUGUAAAUAUCUUUUAAUAUUAUUUAUAAUAACAUAAAUUUUAAUAUUAAAAUUUUACAAUGUUAUAAUAAAUAUGUAUAUAAUAUUUGAAAUAUUAUUAGAUUUAUAUAUAAAAUAUAAGAUAUAAAAUAUAGAUAUAAAAUAUGUAAGUUAAAUAUAAGAAUGAUAUAAGAUAUGAGAUGAAUUUAAUGAUAAAAUUCAAUCAUACGUCUUGAAAAAUAUAUAAAAUAAAAAAUCAUAUUUCUAUACAUAUAAUAUAAUAGAUUUAAAAAUAAUUAAGAAAAGCAUUAAAAAAAUUGUUUUCAUUAUCUUAAAAAUAAUUUAAAAAUUAUUAAAUUAUUUAAAUAAAAAAUAUUGCUUAAAAGAAUAUAAGAAAAAUAAUAAUUGAAAUGCAAAUUAUUGAUAUAUUUUAAAAAUAAAUAUUGUGCUAAUAUUUUUUUUUUAUUAUAAUUAUUUCAUAUUUGUAUUUUCCAUUUUUUUAAAACUUUCUUUUAUCAGAAUAUAAAUCAGAAAGACUCAUAUUCGAUAUGUAAUUUAAUAAUGUUCCCAUUUUUUUUAUGAAUCAUUUAGUAUAUCAUAUCAUGAUACGGAAGUUGGGAGACGCUGUUGUACAACAGAAGCUAACAAACGAUGAAUCACGUAGUAUAUAGAAGGGGAGGCUAUAGAAUAUAGAGAAGAGAAAGCACUUUAUAUUAGUUUCAAUUCUGAAGUAUUAAGAAUCGGAAGAUAUACUUGUUUUGUUUAUGACAAAUAUUUUUUAUUUAAUUAAAUAAUAUAAUUUUAAAAUCAUGAAGUUAUUUUUGAUUUUAUUUAUAACAAUAUUUACAACAGUACAUGCUGUAUCAUUCUUUGAAUUAGUUAAUCAAGAAUGGAUGACAUUUAAGAUGGAACAUAAAAAAGUAUAUAAAUCUGAUGUUGAAGAAAGAUUCAGGAUGAAAAUAUUUAUGGAUAACAAACAUAAAAUUGCUAAACAUAAUAGCAAUUAUGAAAUGAAAAAAGUUUCAUAUAAAUUAAAAAUGAAUAAAUAUGGAGAUAUGCUUCAUCAUGAGUUUGUAAAUAUAUUAAAUGGUUUCAAUAAAUCAAUAAAUACUCAAUUAAGAUCUGAAAGAUUGCCUGUAGGUGCUUCAUUUAUUGAGCCAGCAAAUGUAGUAUUACCAAAAAAAGUUGAUUGGAGAAAAGAAGGUGCUGUAACUCCAGUUAAAGAUCAAGGCCAUUGUGGAUCAUGUUGGUCAUUUUCUGCAACUGGGGCUUUGGAAGGUCAACAUUUUCGACGAACAGGAGUAUUAGUUUCAUUAAGUGAACAAAAUUUAAUUGAUUGUUCUGGAAAAUAUGGUAAUAAUGGAUGCAAUGGAGGAUUGAUGGAUCAAGCUUUUCAAUAUAUUAAAGAUAAUAAAGGUUUAGAUACAGAAGCUUCUUAUCCAUAUGAAGCUGAAAAUGAUAAAUGCAGAUACAAUCCAGCAAAUAGUGGUGCCAUUGAUGUUGGUUACGUAGAUAUUCCAACAGGAGAUGAAAAGUUGCUUAAAGCAGCAGUUGCUACUAUAGGUCCAGUUUCUGUUGCUAUUGAUGCUUCUCAUCAGUCUUUUCAAUUUUAUUCGGAAGGUGUUUAUUAUGAACCAGAAUGUUCUUCAGAAGAAUUAGAUCAUGGAGUAUUAGUAAUAGGAUAUGGUACUAAUGAAAAUGGUCAAGAUUAUUGGCUAGUAAAAAAUAGUUGGGGUGAAACGUGGGGUAAUAAUGGAUAUAUCAAAAUGGCUAGGAAUAAAUUAAAUCAUUGUGGUAUUGCUUCUAAUGCUAGCUAUCCUCUUGUUGGUUCUAAAGGAUUAUUUUAAAAGAACUAUUAUAUACUAAAAUUAAAAGAACUAGAUAUAACACAACGUAAAAAGUGGAAAAAUAACAAAUUAAAAAUUAUUAUAAAUAUUUGAACAUAUUUAAGUUUUUGUUUAUACAUCAAAAAAAGAAUAUAUACAUAUUUUUUUAUUAAAUUCAAUAAAUGGAAUAUUCAUUAAUAUCA